AUGGAACUCAUAUUGUCGAUUAUAUUUUUUCUAACGCUAUUUUUUGCGCUUUAUAAAUAUUUGACCUUCAAUUUCAAUUAUUUUCGGGACCACAAUGUGCCUCAUAAAAAGCCCGUGCCGUUUUUUGGGAACCAAUUCAAAUUUUUCGCCAAAAAACAAUCGAUUCCUGAUUUUUUGCUGGACAUCGGAAAUGAAUUUCGAGACGAGGCGUAUGUCGGCUUCUAUGAAUGCAGAACACCAACGUUGUUUAUUUUGAGCCCGGAUGCCAUCAAGCAGAUUUGCAUAAAGAAUUUUGAUAAUUUCGUAAAUCAUCCAGCAUUUUCGGAAUCAGAGACGGAUGACCUUCUGUUAAGUUCUGUCUUUUUUAUGAAAGAUCAGAGAUGGCGUGAUAUGCGUGGAACACUGAGUCCCGCCUUCACUGGCUCCAAAAUGCGGAUAAUGUUUGACUUAGUUCGAGAUUGCGCGGAAAAUCUUGUUUCUUACUGCAACGAAAAAUGUCAAGAAAAUAACGGUUUAAUGACAUUCCGACCAAAAGAUUUGUUCUCAAAAGUCAGCAUGGAUAUCAUUUGUACGUGUGCUUUCGGAUUGCAAAAUGACUCGUUGCGAAAUCCACAAAAUCAGUUGUAUCAGAUGUUUAGUAGAAUUAUGGACAUGACUGGUAUCAAAACGGUGUUAAAAUUUUUCGUGAUGAUUUUAUCCAAAGAUCUAGCCAAUUGGCUCGGAGUUUCUUUUUUACCGAAUGACACGAGUAAUUUCAUCAAAAAGUUGGUUUCUGACACGAUUUCAUACCGGAAAAAGACCCAAGAAUACCGUCCAGAUGUCAUCCAACUCUUAAUCGAGGCCAUGGAAGGCAAGUUGAAGCAUGAAGAUAACACCAAAAAUGACGACGAAAGCUUUGCCAUCGUCAAGGAAUCUGAAAUUGAUAAGAAAGGUGGACGACGCGAUUGGUCUGAUGUAGAAAUUGCCGCUCAAUGUUUCAUUUUUUUAAUUGGUGGAUUUGACACGACCUCGAAUCUGUUUAAUUUUAUUUCUUAUCAGUUGGCUGUCGAUCCGGAAAUUCAAGAGCAAUUGUAUGAGGAAGUAAGAGAAACGCAAACGAGACUAAAUGGUGCCCCAGUUACUUAUGAUGACAUUCAAAAAAUGCAAUAUUUGGACGCAUUUAUUUGCGAAUGUCUCCGAAAAUAUCCCCCAAUGUUGCAAAUUGAUCGUAUCUGUAACAAAGAAACUGUCAUUCAUGACGGCAAAGGAAAUAGCUUUAAAAUUCCCAUUGGCAUGAAAGUCAAUAUGAAUCCAUUUGCAACACAUUAUAAUCCAAAGUACUUUCCGAAUCCGGAAAAAUUUGACCCGCAACGGUUUUUGGGGGAAAAUAAAAAGAAAAUUGAUCCAUAUUCUUUUAUUAGUUUUGGAGUGGGACCCCGGGCGUGUGUCGGAUCUAGGUUCGCGAUGAUGCAAACAAAGCUGAUUUUGUAUCAUGUGGUGGCAAACUUCGCAUUUGAAGUGACCGAAAAAACUGGAAUUCCAAUGAGAUUUGUUAAGGAAUUCAGAUUGGAGCCAGAACGUCCUAUUGUUGGGCUGAGAAAACGUUCAUCGUGAAAAAAUCCACAAAAAUAUAAAAAAUUUAAGAAAUUGUCACAUUUUUAUCGCAAUUUUUGUUUUUUGGGUAAAAACUCUCUCAAUUUAUUUCGAACUUUUUGUCCUUAAAAUUAUUAAAAAUAAUUAAGAAGUAUAAUUUCAAAUAAUUGAAACAGUUUUUAAAUUAAAAUCUCGAAAAAUUAUUAAAAAAAACAAUCAUUUUUUUUCGGUCAUUAAAUUUUUGACAUUUCGAAGAAAAAAAUUUAAAAAAUCGAAGCGUUAGUGACAGCCAAAUAAAAGUUAAUUAAGUUCAUUUAAUUUCCCGAAUAAUUAUUCAACGAUAACUUAUUCCUGUAAUUAUAAAUGAAACGUUAAAAUAAUAAAAAGUUCGGUAAAUGCAAAACGACGAUGAUGAUGAUAAUGAAGAUUGAGUUCAACUAAAAAAAUAAAAAAAAAGAAAUGAAAUUAAUUUUAUCAGUAAAAACUAAUCUCGUUGAAAAACUGAAUGAUCUGAACUGUUAUCGUAACCUCUUUAAUUAACAAAAAUUUCUUAAAACAUUUUUCUUUUCAACGAUCCUUUCGAUUACGUGCAAAUCUUUCAGCAUAACUUCCAAUUAUAGUUUAAUUAGACAAAAGUACUUUUUUUUUCUCACACCUUGCCAACUAAAUAUUCAAUUACCGUUUUUUUUUUGUAAGUAACUCAUCUUGUUUAAAUGGCUCGAAAGAAAUUCGUUCAGUCAUUUUUUUUUUACUCUUUACAUUCCUUGCACAUGCCGAAGAGUGUAAAAUAUGACGGGGCGUCUCCUUUAUUUUUUUUACAAUCUAAUUACACGCUCAAUUUAAGUUUGGAUCAACAAAGUUUAAUAUGUCUUGUUUUUGUGGAUGGCAAGAUGGAAAUUGAAAAUACACCGAUUUUAU